AUGGCCCGGCUCCCCGCAAGCCUCUCCUGGGAGCUGGAUUUGGACAAUGAGACAGAGACCACAGGACUCAUGAGGGUGAACGGCACGGGGAGCGAGUGGCCGGGCUCGCAGCAGGCUGUGCUCCCCAUCACAGUGGCAGUGGCCCUCUGUGGGGUGGUGGGCAAUGGUGCAGUCUGCUGGCUUCUCUGCUGCCACACCCCAGGCAGCCCCCAUGCAGCCUGUGUCCUCAACCUGGUGGCAUCUGAUAUCCUCAGUCUCUCCUGCAUAGCUGGGAUCCUGCUGGAGAAGGUCCUCAUGAUGUACCACAAGGUGACGUGGCACGUGGUCGUGGUCCCGGAGGCCGUCUCCUACUUCUCCGACAUGGUGGGUCUGUCUCCUGGCGGCAUGGGCACUGAGAGCUCUCUGUGCGUCCUCUUGCCCACCUGCAGCCGCCACCGCCGCCCACGGCACACCUCUGCUGUGGUGGGCGCCCUGAGCUGGGGCCCGGCCCUCCCUUCGCACGCGGUAAACGAGGUCUGUGACUACUGGCAGAGGGGCUUGGCGUGUGAGCCGUUUCACGAAGGCUUCGGGAUAUUUCAUGGGCUCCUUUCCUUGGUGAUAGUCGUGUCCAGCCUGACCCUGACCAUCCAGAGCCUGUGCUGCCCCCAGGGGUGUUCGCCCACUAGGAUCUGUCAUGGUGUCAGCAUCGUGGCCAUCACCUUCCUGUUCUGGGUCCUGCCUUUGGCUGUCAUCAUGCACCUGCCAGAACAAGAGUAUCUGAGUCGGGCCUUUGACCUCCUGCUGCUGCUGUCCAGCGUGGUCGGUGUGGCUCACCCGGCCAUCUACUUCUUGGCUGGGUACCUCUGGGGGAAGAGGAGCAGGGAGUCCCUAAAGGUUGCUCUCCAGAGGGUGCCGAUGAGUGAGCUGGAGGCGUGGAGGGAAAGAGGGUGCCGGGCACAAGGCCCCCAGGAGACUCCAGCCUCGGAGCUGAGGAUGAGCAAUGCCCCACCCCUGACCUUGCCUUCCACCCCGGACAGAGGCUGA